CUCUCCAGACUCCUCCUCCGACUUCUGUAUCUAUCCGUAGUCUUCUUCGUUGCUCAGACAAUGGAGCCCGCGAAUAUUGACUGGAAGAGAAUUGAUUCUCGCUUCGUCGAAGAUGUCUUCUUCGAACACUUCAAAGCUCCCAAAUGGUUCGAUUUCUCGGCCCCUCACGACGAUGUCGAUGACGACGCUUGGUUUUGCAGACCUGACUGUAAUCAUCCGAAGAGGGCUGAAGACUUCCUCGCAGCAUCCCCAGCGACUUCCAAGCUUCGAAGUGGUGGAGAGGCUCUCUCGGCUAGACACCCGAAGCACAGUGAAGCGAAACCGAGGAGAAAGGCACCUUUCACCUCCAACAACUAUGAUAGCGAAAACCAGAAUCCGAAUUCGUCUACGCCUCUUCCAAGCCACCACGCAAAAUCCUGGAGAGCAGCACUUAGAUCAAAUUCUGUCAAGAAGACGAUGAAUACGCAUGAAAAGCUGCAAAGAGAGGACGAACCAAAACUAAAGAGUACAUUGUCUGCUAGGAAUCUGUUCCAUGGGAAGGACAUACUCGGACACAUCUCUGAGCUCUGCAACGAGUUGAAGAGAUUGGCCACGAGGGUGACAGAGAGAGAAGAAACUGUUGUGAAGCCAAAUGCAGAGGAAACCCUAACCCAAGUGGGAAAAUCGAAAGAGCAAAGGAGGCCUUUGCUGGAAGUGGACAAGGAGAAGCUCGACGAUGUGAGGGGUAGAGUAAGCAGCAAGAAAGAGGAGGAGGGUAGAAGGAAGAAGAGAGUGGACGACGAGGAGAACAUCAUCCCUAUGGCUUUGGAUCUGGAGAAGGUGAAGAACAAAGGAGAGGAGCUCAGGUUACAGCAAAUAAAGACCAAUCCUCCGUCUCCUCAAUGCUUCUCUGCAACUAAAUCAGCUUCUUCGAGAUCCAAGCCUAUGGAGAGGAGAAUCCUUCAAGAGCGGGUCGAGAGAGAGGAGGAGAGGGGGAGGAGAGGGUUGGAUGUGUUGUGGUUUCUAAAGCCGUGCACAUUGGCAUCUUGAAAAGGAACAACAUUAUUUUUGUCUGAUUCUUAUCGAAAUUUAAAUAUAUGCAUAGUUUAUAUACAGAUAGUGAAACAGAAUUGCUAAGCAACGAACCAAAAUAAUUUAAAAGUAACAAUACUUCCUUUUACCAAUUUGUCGAAUUUAUUGUGUAUUGGGAUAUCUCUCUCUCUUUUUUUUUUUUUUUGUGUGUGUACAAGAUUUUAUCACGAGGGUAUUAGUGGAGUCCUUUGUAAAUAAAUGCAGCUUUAAAAAGGUAAGCUAAAUGUUAAAAAGUAAUUUAUAAUUUUUA